CCUGCACGUCUUUCCGCUUCGUAACUCCACAUCACCAUCUCUCUGCUUCGACGAAGGAACCCCUGAAAACUCAUCAUGAAUUUCUUCAAAUCCGUCUUCUCCGACGACCCAGAUCCCCCAAGACCCGCCCAAUCCCAAUCACCUUCCGAAGGCGAUCCAUCACGAGAAGAAGAAGCUGCUCAAGAACCAGACUGCCCAUCCAAUUCUCGGUGGGGUGGCUUGGGCGGCCUCGUGAAAACCCUCACGACCAAGUCCGAGUCCGUGCUCGAGACCUACCGCCGCGACCUCCAGGAGUUCGGGCUGGGUCUGAGGAAGGAGAUCCAGGUGGCGCACGGGUCGCUGGAGAACGUCGGCCAAGCCAUCGACGAGCUCGGGUCGUCGGUCCUCAAGGGGACGUCCCAGAUCAUCUCCCAAGGUAAGGAGGCGAUCCUCGUCGCCGAUCUCAAUUUGGAUUCCCCCGAUCAGGGUCAUGGCAAUGUAGGCAAUAGUAGCCAGUUUUAUAGGAGGUACAGUAGGCUGGAUGCGCAGGUUCGCGCGAUUCGGGGCGAUGUUAACACCUUCAGUGAGGAGCCGGAGGAUUCGGAGGAUUACGGUGGGUGGAAAUUGGGGUUCCAUUUGGGGGAGAAGGGGGAAGAAGUCGAGAAAUUGAUGGAGGAAGAUGGGCCUGUCAGGGGAUUCUACUAUAGGCUAGUGCCGGGUAGCAUCGACCACGAUACUUUCUGGUUUAGAUACUUUUAUAGGGUGCAUAAGCUUGAGCAGGCUGAGAAUGUGAGGGCUAGUCUUGUGAAGAGGGCCAUUUCAAGUGAAGAGGAAGAGCUGACUUGGGACGUUUAUGAUGACGACGAUGAUGUCAGUGGUGAUAAGGAAGUGAAGAAAGGAACUAGAUUGAGUAAUGUAGUGUCUGUGGAAGCAGUUCAUAUGGACAAUGAUGAAGAUGGAAAUUUGGGGGAAGCUGUGAAGGAGAAGAAGGAUGGUUCUUCUAAGGAGGCAACGGAGUCGACUUCGGGGAUGGGCAGUGUGGAAUCAAAGGAUGCCUAUGGGAAGGAAACAGAGGAUAGAGCUGAUGAGAAAAUUGGGAAGUUGGUUAGUGAUUCGUAUCACACGGAGUUAAACAUUGAAGAAUCAGAGGAACAGAACGAGGAGAAUCAGGGUGGGGAAUCACGAGUUAGUCCGACUCCCAAAGUUGUCCAUGAGAAAGUGGAGAAUGUGGCCAGUGAGGAUAGCGGUGAGGGUGUCGCUCUUGUCCCAAAUGACGGGAAUGAGCCUGAAGAGGAUGUGCAUUUGGAAAAGGUUUCUGAUGUCAACAGCAGAGAUUCUUCUUCAGGACCCCAAGAGAAUUUGGCCUCAAACACAAUUGUUGAACCUGCAAAAUCAAAAGAGAGCAGCCCUGCUGCUGCACUGAGCAAUUCAUCGGCAGCCGAGGAGGAGGAUCUCGGUUGGGAUGAGAUUGAGGAUCUUAGCAGUAUUGACGAUCAGAAAGUCGCGCCAGGCGGGACUCCGAGCGCAAAUAGGGCUGAUCUGAGAAAAAGGCUGAGUGUUGCAGAGGAGGAAGAAGACUUGAGUUGGGACAUUGAAGAUGAUGAUGAGCCUGCGAAAGCUUGAUCGGAUUUAUUGCCGCAUCACAAUUCCUCCAGACAUAUAUUAAGGUUAUGCAUAGUUUUUUUCGAGGAGGAUGUUUCAUUCCCCACUUCAAUUGUUAGAGAUGCAUAUAUUUCUCUCAAAUUGUGUCUCUUGUAUGCCCAUCUUCGACUGUCAUCAAACAAUGUUCAUAAAAUUGUUCUCUUUUUCGA